CUGAGCCCGUCUCCUGUUUCUCUCGCAGUGACAACAAGAGAGGCAGGCGGCGGCGGAAGCCAAGGGGAAGGAGUAGCCCGGUCAGGUUUGCGGCUCAGGUGGUCGCCAUGGCGUAGCCGAGCCUGGUCUGCACUUGGUCAACCACGCCCCACAGUGGGGCGGGAUCGUUUCUUCAGAAAGAGGCAAACGUACUGCAGAAUUGUCAUAACAAUGGAGCUGAUGCUAAAUAAAUUAAAGAGCACUGUUACAAAAGUGACUGCAGAUGUCACAAGUGCAGUUAUGGGAAAUCCUGUAACCAGGGAAUUUGAUGUUGGUCGGCACAUUGCUAGUGGUGGCAACAAACUUGCUUGGAAAAUUUUUAAUGGCUUUAAAAAGUCAACAAAACAGGAAGUGGCAGUCUUUGUAUUUGAUAAAAAAAUUAUGGAUAAAUAUCAGAAAUUUGAGAAGGAUCAAAUUAUUGAUUGCUUAAAACGUGGAGUUCAGCAGUUGACAAGACUUCGACAUCCUCGGCUGCUAACUGUGCAGCAUCCACUAGAAGAAUCCCGAGAUUGUCUAGCAUUUUGUACAGAACCAGUUAGUGCAAGUUUGGCUAAUAUACUGGGUAACUGGGAGAAUCUUCCUUUACCCUUACCAUCUGACAUCAAAGAUUAUAACUUGUAUGAUGUGGAAACAAAAUAUGGCUUACUUCAGGUUUCAGAAGGCUUGUCAUUUCUACACAGCAGUGUGAAAAUGGUCCAUGGCAACCUUACUCCUGAAAACAUAAUUUUAAAUAAAAGUGGUGCGUGGAAAAUUAUGGGAUUUGACUUCUGCAUUCAAUCAAUAAAUCCAUCUGAACAAGAGCCCAAAUUCUCUUCUAAAGAAUGGGAUCCAAAUUUACCAUCUUUGUGUCUUCCAAAUCCUCAGUAUUUGGCACCAGAAUACAUCCUUUCAGUAAGCUGUGAAACAGCUAGUGACAUGUAUUCUCUAGGGGCAAUUAUAUAUGCUAUAUUUAAUAAUGGGAAGCCAAUUUUUGAGGUCAACAAACAAGAUAUAUAUAAAAGCUUCAGCAGACAGCUGGAUCAGCUUAGUCGGUUGAAUUCCAGUAAUCUUCAGAACAUCCCGGACGAUGUCCGUGAACAUGUGAAACUGUUGUUAAAUGUCACUCCUGCAGUCAGACCAGAUGCAGACCAAAUGACUAAAAUACCAUUCUUUGAUAAUGUUGGGGCUAUGACAUUACAGUACUUUGAUUCUUUAUUUCAAAGGGAUAAUCUUCAAAAAUCACAGUUUUUCAAAGGGCUGCCAAAGGUUUUACCAAAACUACCUAAGCGUGUUAUAGUGCAAAGAAUUUUGCCUUGCUUAACAUCUGAAUUUGUAAAUCCAGACAUGGUACCUUUUGUUCUGCCUAAUGUUCUGCUCAUUGCGGAGGAAUGUACCAAAGAAGAAUACAUUAAACUAAUUCUACCUGACCUCAGCCCUGUCUUUAGACAACAGGAACCAAUCCAGAUUCUCUUGAUAUUUCUUCAAAAAAUGGAUCUACUGCUAACCAAAACACCUCCAGAUGAAAUAAAGAACAGUGUUCUGCCAAUGGUUUAUAGAGCCUUAGAAGCACCAUCAAUUCAAAUACAGGAACUCUGUUUAAAUAUCAUUCCCACGUUUGCCAACCUUAUAGAUUAUCCAUCAAUGAAAAAUUCAUUGAUACCAAGAAUUAAAAAUGCAUGUUUACAAACUUCAUCUCUUGCUGUGCGUGUAAAUUCCUUAGUCUGCUUGGGAAAAAUUUUGGAAUACCUGGAUAAAUGGUUUGUUCUUGAUGAUAUUCUGCCUUUUUUGCAACAAAUUCCUUCCAAAGAACCUGCCGUCCUUAUGGGAAUCUUAGGCAUUUACAAAUGUACAUUUAGUCACAAAAAGCUGGGAAUUACAAAAGAACAACUUGCAGGAAAGGUGCUCCCACAUCUGAUUCCUCUUAGCAUUGAGAACAAUCUUAAUCUAAAUCAGUUUAAUUCCUUUAUUUCAGUCAUAAAAGAGAUGUUAAAUAAAUUGGAAGCUGAACACAAGACCAAACUUGAACAAAUCCAUGUUAUGCAGGAACAACAAAAAUCUUUGGAUAUAACUAAUCAAAUGAAACCACUUGAAGAAUCAAAAAUCAGCAACAUAGGCAAUCAAGUAGACAAAACGUUUAGCAAUCUAGGAAUGUUAACUAGCGGACCUGAUUGUAAAGAGAAUGGAAUGAUGACAAAUCAAAGAAAGGGGUCACUUACACUUGAAGAAAAGCAGAAGUUAGCAAAGGAACAGGAACAAGCACAAAAACUGAAAAACCAACAGCCACUUAAACCCCAGCCUCAUGCAAUUAUUGCACCAGUGAAACAGACAAAGGACUUGACCGAUACUCUGAGAGAUAACAUAGCUUCAUUGACCACUCAACCCAUCAACAAACCUAAAGUUCCUUCUUCAACUAGCUUUUCUUCAGUUGGUAUUGGAAUGGGAUUUUCAUCAUCUGUUGAAAACACGAAGAGAAAUGGACUAAAUGCUAAUAUGGGGUUUCAGCCCUCUGGAUUUGGCAUGGGGAUUGGUACCACAAGCCAGAAUUUCUUUGGUAAUACUGGGGUCACUGGAAUGGCUAACAUGAAUAUGUUGCCAACAUCAAACAUGUCAUCUUAUAGCUCUUUGAACACUACUUCGCCAGCUUUGCAGCAAAGCAGACCACCUGAUAUGUCUUCUUUAGAUAGCCUAUUUGGGCCUCAAAAACCCAAAGUUAGUAUGAAUCAGUUGUCACAACAGAAAACAAACCAAUGGCUUAAUCAAUUUACACCUCCUCAGGGUACCAACAGUUGUCCUUUGGGAACACAAAUGAACGUAAUGGGACAAACUGGCUUUGGCUUACAGGGAAAUCCUUUCUUUAAUCCUCAGAACUUUACACAACCAACAAACAGCAUGGUAAACAGCAGCUCAGCUAGCAAGGACUUAAAUGACCUCUUUGGAUAAUAGUUGUAAUUGUGAGCAAGAUGAUUAACAUUGUUUUAUGCCUGUUAAAAAGCUGAUUUGGGUAAAUUUGAUAUAAUGAAAUGAACAUGA